AUGUCUACCACUCCCACCAAGACCUGGGCCCCGGCCAACUGCGAGAUCAUCGACAUCGGUGGCUCAAAGUUAAACAACACUUUCGAUACCCAACUUCCUCUGGCCUUCCAGGGUGAAGAGUACUUCCCCAAGGAGGUUGCCUACACCACCGGGAUGGAUAAGUGGUGCAACAUCGCUGAUUCCUCUUAUCAAACCUUUGAUGAAAUGAAGAUCAUCGAGGCUACCGCUGGCAGCAUUGUAUCCAACAUCCCUACCCAUGUCGGCACUAUUGUUGACCUUGGUGCUGCUAACUCCCUCAAGUUCGAGCCUUAUGUCAAGGCCUUCCUUGCUCAGAACAAGACAUGUGUCUAUGUUGCGCUCGACAUCUGCCGCGAUUCCCUCAAGGAGCAUGUCGACAAGGCUGCUGCCAAGUUUCCCAGUGUCCUCUGUGUCGGCCUCUGGGGCAAUUUUCAACAGGGUGAUCGGUACUUUCACAGCAUCCCCGGCCCAAGAGUUUUCCUCUCGCUUGGAAGCAUUUUUUACAAUGCCCCCGACAACAUGUGCGUUGCCCGAUGUGUUGAGUUCAAGAACCACAUGGCUUCUCACCCCUACGACUGCCUCAUCGUCGGUCAAGAUGGACCCUCUACCACCGAGAGCACCGACUCCCACAAGGCCUACGGCACCAAGGAAUACCACGCCUUUUUCACCACCUACCUGGCUGGUAUCCAACGCCAUGCUGGAAUCGUCGCCGACGCUACCAAAGCCUGGACCUACGAGUCCAAGAUGAAUGCUUCCAUGCAUUACUUCAAGGUGACUGCUAUGCAGACAAUGGUCUGCACCCGCUACGACAACUUCGUUGUACAGGCGGGAACUGAAUACACUAUGUUCCCCUCUUGGAAGCGCGGUGAGGCAGAGAUCCACAACAUUACCAAGGUAAUUGGUCUCAACAUCAAGACCCUUGGAAAGUCCCCCAACUCUGGCAUGCGCCAGUACAUCAUCGAGCCCAAGAACUAA